GAGAAGCCGGGCCUCUUCGGUACAGCGACGGGGGAGUACUUCGACGCAGCGGCGAAGUUCGAAGUCUUCGAUGACUUUUUCGACCGGCACAACAAUCGGGUUAUUGCGAACCAGUUCGCUGAUAUCCGCUUCCGAACACACCUCCUGCGGGGAGGUGCUGCUCGUGUCUAUCGCUUCUUGCCCAGCGCUGGCUCCGGCUCUGCCCAAAGCGGGCAUGAUCACUUGCCCUGGAUGUACUUCUACGACAGACCCACCAUGCCUUACAGCACGCCGCCCGGCGAGGAGGACCUGGAGUAUGUUUCCGAGGAGUUGCCUGAUCCAAAGCGCAUCGCAGGGCUGAGGCAGACACUGGAUUGUGUGCUCUUCCAGUUGGUGCCGACUACCGGCCCCUUGGAGAUCACGGAGCAGGAUUUUGCCCAGAGCCUGGUCGGCACGUUGAAUGAGGUUACGCCGGCCAAUGUUGCCAUGGCGCUGGAUCGCUGUCGAAAGCAUGGAGUCAAAGUCGUAAAGUGCCAGCACCUCUGUGAUCUGGCCCAGGGUGGCUGGAUCCGCUCUCUGGUCGGCAAAUACUCCGACGCGAAGGCUGAGACGGUAGAGUCGGCUGCUGCCCAGGAGAUGAAUGCUUUUGGAAAUCUGGCGCAGGGGAAGCAGGAAUUUCCCAUGUACACGCUGCCUCUCCCCACUUUCCUGGGGCUCCUCAAGCUGUUGGCACACGAAGAAAUGGUGGAAGCGGAGCGUCUCACCAUCUUCGACGAGACCAUGGGGAGAGCGAUGUUCGUUUCACACCAGUGGCUCGCGAGCCACCAUCCCGAUCCAGACAACGAGCAGCUUCAAGUGUUGCAAGCGGCUCUGAGAAAUCUCCUGUCUGGAGUGGCCCAAGUAAGCCAGCCGGUUCAGUCAGAGCUAUUUCACGGCCGCUUGAAGUGUCCAACAGCAGCAGACCUGACGUCCACACCUCUCUACAUUUGGUACGAUUUCCUGUGUUGCCCGCAGGAUACAUCUGAACGUGCAAGUCGAAAUCGACAGCGCGCAAUCGGCGGCAUACCUUCCUACGUUUCCAAAUGCAAGUACUUCGUGGUUCUCUGCCCUGCACUGGCACAUGCCGAGCAAAGGGAAAGUCUCUCAUAUGAGACGUGGGCUGGCAGAGGCUGGUUGGUUGAAAUAAGUGCAUUGCGAGGAGUACAGGAGUUCUGGGAGGCUCUGAAGAAUCUACUGGAUCGGGCCAUGCUUCGUGUGCGUGUCACCGUGUCAUCCUCUUCAGGCUGGUGUCGUGCCGAGAAGAUGGCCCAGGACCUUGCGGCCAGGAAUGACAGUUGCACUAUCAUCAUCGAGAGCCCGACGCAUGCGAAGUUGAACGAUGACCUUCUCAGAUUGCCUCCUGCGAUGGGAACAUUUACCGUUGAGUCCGACAGGACGAGGAUUGGACACAUGCUGGUUCAAAUGAUCUGGAACAAGCUCUGGUACUAUCGGGAGAGGGGCGACCUCCACAACUACCGGCUCUUGUUGAACGAGCAAAAGUCGCGCUGGUUCCAGGGCCUCAGCAUGGACCCAAUCGACGGCUUGGUUGAAGGUUUCGUCACAGAUGCUGACUCCUUCGAUCAGCCACAUGAAUUCGAGCUGGCACGGUUCCUGCACCAGAACUUCCUCCGAAGUCCGCUAGAGAGGGACUCGGCUGGCUGGUCGCCGAUUUGCUUUGCUGUUGUGAGGGGCAGCGCCGACUUGGUGCAGUCCUUGCUUGCUCGCCGAGCUGAUCCCAAUGAUGCCAUCACCAAGCCCAAGAAGGAGUUGGCGAUGCCCAGGCGAUUCUCGCUGCUUUCUCUGGCCGCGGUGUACCACAAUCAGGAUGUCCUACUGACGCUCCUAUCGGCAAGGGCUGACGUUCAUGCACGGGACGCCAGAAAUGCAACUGCCAUCCUUUGGGCGUGUGGUGCCAAUGAUGCAUGUUGUAUCCGGUGCUUGUGCCAGGCAAGGGCAGAUCCCUCUGAUCGUUGCAAUCCUGGCCUCAGCGCUCUUCAGAUAGCCUCGGCAUUUGCUGCUCGGGACGCGAUGGCCGAGCUGAUGUCACAGGCACCUUCCUUAAGCCUGAAGUUCUGUUUGCAUCAUGCCCUCGUGGUUCAAGGCGGCUUCUAUGAGCCGAUCAGUUUCUUAAUCCAAGCGAAGGCAGACGUGAACGAGCAGUUCGAAGCAGAGGGGAAUAUGUGGUGGCUGGUGUUUAAGCUGGGAAGCUUCCGGCACAAGUUCAGCCCCUCGCGGUUGACCCUCAUAUCGUAUCACCACGCAGGGGCGGCACCACUGAUGUUCAGCAUCCUCAGCGGCCACUUUAGUGUCGUUCCUCUCUUGCUUGCUGCAGGAGCGAGGACUCGAACAUCCAGCUCCUGUCCUUUGCGUCCGGCGCAGACUUCCAUCGUCCAGCGCAUCGAGCACCGCCUUGCGCAGCUGGCGAAGCUGCCCAUCGAGACACUCGAGCGGCUGGUUGUUCUGCGGUACGAGCCAGGCCAAGAGUUCACGCUUCACCAUGAUGGAAAGUUUCGGCCGAUCACGAUUUUCUUGUACCUGAACGAACUCCCCGCCGAUGCUGAAGGGGGAGACACGCACUUCCCACACCUCGGCUUCAGCUUCGUGCCCCGCAGAGGCUGCGCUGUCAUGUGGCCCAAUGCACAGGCAGACGGCGCUGAGGACAGCCGCAUGGUCCAUGCAGGGCGGCCACCAAGCACUGGUGUGAAGUACGGUGUCAACUGCUUCUUUAACUUGGCCACCAAGCGGCUCGUACGUCCUGGCGACCUCAACAUGUCGUCUGAGGAAUGCUACGUGGUCAACAUCGCCAGCUUGGAAGAAGGGAAGAAACAAAGUGGAGAGGAUCGGUCGUGCCCCAGAAGAAGGACCUUCACGCUGGACACCGAUCCCAACGUGCGGGUUGAUGCGCCAUGCAUGCUGCAGGCAGCACUGAACCGUAAAAAACUUCAGGGCAUUGUGAAGUGGUGA